UGCAGACGCUUGCUGAAAAAAACUCUGAAAGCCCUUUGCACGGCACACGCCAUGCCGCGCCGCCGUUCACAAACUGGGUUUACGGGCAUCCUGCCGCCGGAGCUAGUCGAGCGGUGCCUCGAGUUCUUGCCAUUUGAGGAAGUGCACACCAAUGCAAAGCAAGUCUCAAAAGCGAUGCGAUCGGCGGCACGCCGAUGUCUGACGCGCGGGCGCUGGAGGCCACUUAAGUACGUCGUCGAGAACGCCAUGGUCACGAACGCGCUGGAACGGCCGUCAUCCGCCGCGGAGACCGCGACGUUCCGAGCGGCGUGGGCGGUAGACCCCAGACAGGUGCUGUUGGAGUUCAUCCUGCUGUGGAAUAAUAAAAGGGAGAGUUGCUUGGCGGGCGAUAGCACGAUACUAACUGACACUUUUUGGAAUUGGGACCGUGGUAACACUCUCGCCGGCAUGGUCGGGGUGUUCAAGCCAAGUGUGGCGCGUUUCCUGGCACUCGUCGAGCCGUCUAUGGACGGCCUCGGACGUCUCACGAUGGCCUUAGAAAGCGUCGAACACCACCUCGAAACAAGAGGAAGAGGACGCUACCGGGCAGAGAUGCCUAUUACGUUGUUGCGUUUGUGGAUGGAACGACUGGGAGAAUUCGCGCUCCUUGGUGAUUACCAUCGGGAGAUAACCCUCGACGAGCUCUUGAAUCCCGAGUCGCUUGUGGGCUCGGGGCUGGAAUCCUGGGCGGAACCGAGCGAUAUGGCCAGUUUCAUAUUUUGGCUCCGGGAGUGGGACAGCGAUGAAAUUCACAGGUUGAGCGACAUAGCGCUUGCCUUGUCGAUGAAUUGGCAAGACCGGCAGAAAUCAGGCGCCUUCGUUGCUGCCGCUGUGUUCUUCGUCGCACGAUUGAGAAGUGACUUAGAUGAAGAGUCCGCCGCCUAAGCCUAGCUCU